AUGGUGCUCUUCAAGCGCAAACCUGUCCAGUUCCUGACGGUGCCCGAAAUCGACGAUGACCAGCAAGAGGUGUGGCACAUCCCCCAGACCGGCGAGGUCUUUUCCUCCUAUGAAGACUACUUAAAACGGAUAGACUUUUACAAGCAGAAACGCUUCAUCUGUCCCAUCAGCGGCCAUUCUGGCCUGACUUUCUUUGAGGCGCUCGAGAGCGAGCUCGCCGGCGCCGCUGAGGUCGAGCAGGCCUUCCCCGAGGCCCUCAAGGGACCCAUCCUGCGGCGUGUGCAGUUCCAGAUCGUGUCCCGCAUCGACACGCUGGUCGACGUCAUCUACGAUGAAUUCAAGAAUGACUACUACCCCGGCGAGGCCGUAACCGUUCACAUCGUGACGGGUGAGAGAUUGCAAGGCGUGGUGCGGGACAAGACGCGCUUCGGCAGCAAGGUCCUACCCGACGGCACUCUGACUCCCCCGUUCUCACGCUAUUUCGUCAGCCUAGACACGCACCCCGACCAGGAGGCCGUCGUUGACGAUUCGCACAUCUUCCGCGACCGCAAGGUUUUCACCAAAUCGGUGCUGCGGUCCUUUAUCAAGAAGACGGUGACGCGAGAGGCCUGGAACGGCGCGCCCUGGCUCGUCAAGCCUUCGGUCGCGGAUCAGUACCACAUCGACACGCGUAUCCCGCCUCAUCUUCGCUACGACAACAAGCUCCUGGAGCGGAAGCAGAUGCAGGCCCAGAAGCGCCAGUCGUCGCAGCCCGACCCGCAUACCGUGCCUGACUCGUACAGCCCCACGGGUCCCGUCCGGCUGCCCGAGCUGAAGCCCGCGCCCAAGAGCCACAAGUCAAAGGCCCAGCAACAGGCCCAACAGGUAACCCACACUGUCGGCGUGGUCAAGGGGAAGCACAGCAGCUUCGGCGGCCACGAGCCCGGCGCCUUUGUCCACCUGCCCCUGCCCGGUAACCCCUUCCAGUUUCCCAUAUCAUUCCGCAACCAAGCGCCGCCGCCGCCCGUCUUUUCGCAGCCCGAACCCCCUCCACCACCCCCGCCGCCCAAGUACCCCAUCGAGGACUUGCAAUUAGGCCCCCGGGAGAAUGUCCGCCCGCAGCUCAAGUAUCUGUGUUGCGACCCCCCGGUGGAAGUCGGCCCCGAGGCAAGGGGACCGCUCAGCGAAAAGAUACUCAUGAAGACGGUCGGGCCAUUACUCGAAACCUGGGACACGCUAAACGUCUACUGCGAGAUAUUCAAGCUGGACUCGUUCACAUUUGAUGACUUUGUAGAAGCCAUGCAGGUCACAUCGGAAGAGGUUCCCGUCCAGCUGUUCGACGAGAUCCACUGCUCGGUUCUCAAAAUCCUUGUCAGCUCCGAGGCGGACGGCGGCAAGGUUCAGAUUCAGCUCCCAGAGCUAGGAGAGGAGGACGACGAAGAGGACGAAGAGGACGAGAGUGCCGAGCCGACGCCCGAGCCCGAGCCGCAACCAAAGGGCCGUGCGACUAGGAGCAGUCUGGCGAAAAUAGAGGCAGAAAGGCUCGCGGCGGAGGCUGCGGCGGCCGAGAAGGAGAUGCAGGAUGCCGAGGACGCUCCAAAGCACCGGGCCGAGGAAGUCCUCGCCGACUACGACUGGAUCGAGCACCUCUGGAAACGCGACUUCAAGGACGGCGGCUGGGAGAUGAUCAUGGUCGGCCUGCUACACCAACUAUCCAAGAACGAGAGACUAAAGGCCGGCUGCGAAGAGCUCUUGCAGCAGCUUGUACCCACCGAGGUAGACCCCAGCCAGGAGACCGUGCGCCAGCACUAUGCCGCCCUCGACGUCAACUACCGCGUCCAGGCUCUACAGAUCAUCUGCAUGCUGACAGCCGAGACCAAGGCAAUCCGCGGCUACAUGGAGGACUGCAGCGAGCAGAUGACAGCGUACAGGAAAGAGAAGAUCGAGUGGCAGCGCAAGAGAAAACAAGCCAUUGAGGAACUCAAGGGCUUGAAUGACCAGCGUAAGAUACUUCUGCCUGAUAACAUGCCCCCAAGCCCGUCGCUAGAGGCAGUCAAGGCCAACGGCGACGUGAAAAUGUCGGACGUGGAAGAGCUGCCCGUUCAUACGUCGGACGAAGUGCAGGACUCGAACGACGACGGCCAGUCGGCGCGGAAGCUUCGACGCGGUCUAGACCGUGCUGCCGAGCGCAAACGCAAGGCCGAGAAGGCGCAGGAAAAGAAGGAAAAGGCCGAGGCGGCGGCCAAACUGCCCAAACAGUCGAAGCAGUUCAUAAAGGUGCUCAAAGACAUACGGAAGAAGGAGGACGAGAUUUCCGAGUGCGAGAAGGAGAUCGCCAUUAUCGACAACGACCUCCGCGAGGCCGACUGCCCGCGCACCCGGGUUCUCGGCAAGGACCGCUUCUGGAACCGGUACUACUGGUUCGAACGCAACGGCAUGCCGUACGCCGGGCUGCCCGACAGCUCGACGGCGUCGGCCGGCUAUGCCAACGGGUGCAUAUGGGUGCAGGGUCCCGAUGAGCUGGAGCGAGAGGGGUACAUCGACAUGGCACCCGAGUACCAGAACGAGUACAAGGCCAAGUUCGACACGACGGUGCCGGAGCGCAAGAGGAUCGAAGAAGGCGCAACCAGCGUGUUUAAUGCGUCGCAAUGGGGCUACAUCGCGGACCCCGAGAGCGUGGAUGCGCUGCUGGGGUGGCUGGACCCGCGCGGCUUCAACGAGCUCAAGCUGCGCAAGGAGAUUAUCAACUACCGCGACAAAAUUGUCAAAAACAUGGAGAACCGCAAGGAGUACUUGGGGUUGUCGGGAUCGGCGGCAAACGGUGCGACGGAGAUGGAGAUUGACAAGGAGGAGGAGCCCGUCGUUACCAAGACCGGCAAGAACGGCAGCAAUAAGCGCAUGAGCACGCGCGGCCGCAACACGGUAGCCCCCGCCGCGGUGGCGACGCCUGAGCCGCCCUCGUACCGGUGUCUCAACUGGCAGAACACGACGGCCGUUGCGGAAAUCGGCCACCUCCACAUGGAGCAGCCCCCACCGGUGCGCGCCCGGAAACAGACCAAGAAGGAGGCGGCGGCGGCGGCGGCAGCCGAGGCCGAGGCCGCCACCACGACCACCCGGGGCAAGAAGGGUGCUCGGCAGAGCACGAAAUGA